UAUUAGAGAAAACAAGUAAAACACAAGAGAGACAACUUUGAGAGACAACAACAAAAAUAAACAAGUACAGCGGUGGUAAAGAACUUCCUUUAUAAAAUAAUCAAAUUAAAUUAUUCUUAUAAUAUUGUUUUUGUUAUACGCUGUGGCUGUGAUAAUACCCACUAGAGUAUUAUUUAUUAGUGUGCAUGUACCUUUGUUUUGCCAUAAACGAAUUAAAAUUAUUAAGUAAUUGGUAUUUUUUUCUUAAAGUCUUUGCUUAAAGUUAGUUAACUCAAGAUCAUGGUUACUUGUUUUGCCCCAACAUGUAAACAUUACAGUGACAAAUAUACGUGCAAGUUUUUCUAUUUUCCCAAGAAUCCUGAAUUAUUAAGAAAAUGGAUUCAGAUGGUGAGACGUCAAGACAGGGAGCCCAACAAAAACUCCCGCAUAUGCAGCUGUCAUUUUGUGAAUGGGGAUAGAACAACUAUUCCAACAUUAUUCAAUUAUAACUUGGAAAAUUCUUCUGGCUUUUCAAAAGGUGGACAUAAAAGAUUGAAAGAAGAAAUGCCUCAAGCAGAAGAUCCACUUGGAUCAUCUACAACAAUUUGUGAAGAGGAUUCAACUGAUGGUAGUGCUGACAUGGCUAGGCCAAGCGAAGAAAUUGAUGAAGUGUCUCCUUCCGUACCUAUGACUAAAAAGAUUCUUUGUAUGUGCAGUCAGUGCGGUGCCGUUUAUAUGUCUGGAACUGAGCACCAGUGCCAGCAGAGUGGCGAAACGAUUAAAGUUAUUAUGGGAGAAGAAGAAAAGGAAUCCGAUGUUUCUGAUAUCGAUAAACUUUUGAUACGCGAGAUAUCAAAACGACCUCCCCUCUUCGAUCAUACAUUGCCCAUAGAGGAACGUACAAAAAAUCAAAUUAAUGGUUUAUGGGACGAAAUGUUUGCCAUAUUUGGAGAUUACAUGACUUUGGACGAGUUGAAAAAACGCUGGAAGUGUAUACGCUAUGGGUAUGUUCGAUCGCGAAAUAUUGGUUCAAAAUUGCAAAAGAGACAUAAAUAUCAUCACUUACUAGAUUUCUUAAACGACACUUUAGGACAACGGAAAAAAUGCGGCAGCCCUGUGGAAGAUGCCGCUUUUAUGAAUGAAGAAUUAGAUGAGGAGUCAUAUGACGAAGGACCAUCAACAAGUAGGGUAUCAUCGACUCAGGAUACAAGAAAAAAACGCAAGAUAAAUAUUCCCCACACUGAAUCACAUCCUGAGGAAGAUGAGGUGGAUCACUUCUGCAAGUAUUUUGGUAGUCAAUUGCGCAAACUCGAUGACAAGUCUAGAAUGGAAGCGCAACUGGAAUGUAUGAGAACUGUUCAAAAUUUUUUAUAUAACAAAAAUACGAGCUGAGAAAAAAAAAUUAGCUAUUAAUAACAUUAAUUUAUUCUUUCCCAUUCUACUGUGUCUUCAUUUAAAAAAUUCCAUACGAUCGAAUAAAAAACGGCUUCAGAAACGGCUGAGAAUGACAAUUGACGGUAAUUUUCGAGGUCAAGCCAAUGACUAAAGAAUACAAGGACAUGUAAUGGCCAUAUACGAGCUGCAGGAAAAUUUGUGUCCUUUAGACGCUAUUUUUUUGGACAUAACGAAUGAAUCAUCAGGUGUUCAUCAGCGACAAUUUUAGCGAUUUUUAAUAGUUGGUUGUGUGUAGUGAACUUUGUAUAAACUUUAUUACAAUGGUAAUUUGUUCAGCUUUCAAGUGUAAAAGGCGCUGAAUGAUAAGAAAGAUCCAGGAGUUACGUUUUAUAGGGAAAUAAACAGUCCACUACACCUUUUUAGCGUUUUUUUUAUUGAAUUCGAUAAUUAUUCCUCAAUUUCAAUUAACAUUUAUAUGUACUUGAUAUGUGCUAUACGUCGAUACUAGUUUUAUACCUUGAUGAUACCACAGGAUACACCAGAGGCGUAGUAAAAAUAUUUACCAAAAAUAUAAAUAUCGCUUCAAGCGGCUAUGUUAAGAAAAAAUAUGUGCCACGGCACUGUUUGGAAGAAUGGUCACAGUUUGGUCUCGGUUGCUAUUUGUCCUUGUAUUCUUUAGUCAUUGGGUCAAGCCCUAAAUGUCGCGUUGACCUCGCCAAAAUUAUCAUCGAUUGUCAUUCCUUAGGAGUCUUUGAUGCCGUUUUUUCGAUCAUAAAUCUACAAAAAAGGGUAUUUUUUUGUAAACACUACUGCGUUGAAUGGAAAUGGAGACCAAUUUGUCAGUGGAAUUUUACUGGUAAAACAAAUUUGCCUAACCAACAAAAAAAUUCUUGUUUCAGGACGUGUAUCUCCUCCUUUCGUCGAAAUAAAACAAGCAUAAAGAUCAAAGAAAAAAAAAAGAUAUUUAAAAUAUCUAAAUUGCUGUCCUCCAUUCGCGAAUUUCAAGUUCCAGAGCUCAAAGGCCUUCGCUACUCAGAACGGUUGAGCUCCUGAAAGGAGCUGUGCGCGAUAGCCUGGUGUCUCCAUAUGGCGCGGAACAGUUAUGAACUUUAUGACUCAAUUGAAUAGAGUGAGAGUAUCGCGUUCUUGAACAGUUCAGAGCUGCACAACUGCGUGAAUGGAGGACAGUAAAUAUGACUAUCCCAAGAACAUUUUAGUUUUUUUAGCAGAUGUGUCUAUUAUCUUUGUAUAGAAAGAUUAAGAAAGGAGUAUAAUGCUAUCCAUGUAUUCAUGCAUGGUAGACGAAGAGCAGGCUCUAGGGUGAGGAUCGUUGACACUUCUGUUCGACGAUUCAUUUGACACAUUUGAAUUUGAUUUGAAGUUUUGUGGAUUUGUCAGUCUUUACUGAUGUUAUUUUAUGUUAUUUAUUAUUUAUU